AACGAGUGUGACGUCACCUGCCCUCACCACCCAGGCUCUGACGUCACAGCCAGCCAGUCACAUCGAUUGAGUAGUGUGAUGGUUUCCGUGGCCCUGUGUCUCUUCUGCUAACUUCACCACCACACCAGCAGCACGCCGCACACCUGUCUCCACUGCAAGAUCACCCAGACACCAUGGGGUCUCUGUUCCGAAGUGAGGAAAUGGCCCUCUGCCAGCUCUUUUUGCAGAGUGAAUCUGCUUACACCUGUGUAUCAGAGCUGGGCGAGCUGGGACUGGUACAGUUUAGAGAUCUCAAUCCUGAUGUCAAUGCUUUUCAACGAAAGUUUGUAAAUGAAGUACGGCGUUGCGAUGAAAUGGAAAGGAAACUCAGGUACCUGGAGAGGGAGAUCCGCAAAGAUGGCAUUCCAGUCUUGGAUACUGGAGAAAAUCCAGAAGCACCCAUGCCUCGGGAGAUGAUUGAUUUAGAGGUAAAGUUUGAAAAGUUAGAAAAUGAACUGAAAGAAGUGAACAGCAAUGCAGAGACCCUGAAAAGGAACUACCUUGAGUUAACUGAAUUGAAGCACAUCCUCAAAAAAACCCAAGUCUUCUUUGAUGAGGCUAUGUACCCCCCCAACCUUCCUUACGACCAAGAUGCGUUUUUUGAUGAGGAACAAGUCAAUCUACUGACCGACUCAUCGCUCCACCAGCUCAAGCAUAUUGGAUUUGUUGCUGGUGUCAUUCUGCGUGAGAGAAUUCCUGCCUUUGAGCGCAUGCUGUGGAGGGCAUGCAGAGGAAAUGUUUUCCUGCGACAGGCUGAAAUUCCUGAACCACUUGAAGAUCCUGCAACUGGUGAGCAAGUUUACAAGUCAGUAUUCAUCAUAUUCUUUCAAGGAGACCAUUUGAAGAUGAGGGUGAAAAAGAUUUGUGAAGGCUUCCGGGCUACCAUGUACCCAUGCCCUGAGGCCCCUGCAGAUCGACGGGAAAUGGCUAUGGGAGUAAAAACACGUCUUGAUGAUUUAAACACUGUGCUGAGUCAGACUCAGGAUCACCGCCACCGAGUGCUGGUCUCUGCAGCACGUAACAUUCGGGCAUGGAUGAUGAAAGUGUGGAAGAUAAAAAGUAUCUACCACACACUCAACAUGUUCAAUCUGGAUGUAAUUCAGAAUGGCCUGAUCGCAGAGUGCUGGAUUCCUGUUGCCAACUUGGAGGAUGUUCAGCUGGCUCUGAGGAGAGGCACAGAAAAAAGUGGGAGCCUGCCUGCCAUCCUCAAUAGACUCAGCACUCAAGAGGCUCCCCCAACUUUUCACCGUACCAACAAAUUUACUAAGGCUUUUCAGGCUUUAAUUGAUUCCUAUGGAGUAGCUACUUACAGAGAAAUCAAUCCAGCACCAUAUACAAUCAUCACAUUUCCCUUCCUGUUUGCUAUAAUGUUUGGUGACCUUGGCCAUGGCAUCAUUAUGGCACUCUUUGGGGCAUGGAUGGUAUGGCGGGAGAAACCCCUGUCAGCAAAGAAGACUGAUAAUGAGAUUUGGAACAUAUUCUUCGGAGGUCGUUACAUUAUCUUCCUCAUGGGAGUUUUCUCCAUGUACACAGGACUCAUUUAUAAUGACCUGUUUUCCAAGUCUCUCAAUAUAUUUGGGUCAUCAUGGCAUGCAAACUACAAUGAAACCACUCUCAAGGACAACAAAGAACUCACUCUGGAUCCUGGUGACUCCAUGCAAUAUGACCAAACACCCUACCCUUUUGGACUAGAUCCAAUGUGGCAAAUUUCAAACAACAAAAUAAACUUCAAUAAUUCAUAUAAGAUGAAAAUCUCAAUAAUCUUUGGCAUUGUUCAUAUGAUGUUUGGAGUAAUCCUCAGUGUCUGGAAUCAUAGGUUCUUCAACAGGCCCAUGAAUAUCUACUGCGAGUUCAUUCCUCAGCUGCUAUUCUUGUUCUGCUUGUUUGUGUACCUGGUGCUGCUGGUUUUCCACAAGUGGGUAUGGUAUGGUGCUGGAGGAGAUGUAGGUUCCUCCCCCAGUUGUGCCCCUUCCAUCCUCAUAACUUUCAUCAAUAUGGUACUAGUGAAAGCCUAUGAAGAAGCAGAACCAGGAUCACCAUGCUCCCCUUAUAUGUAUAGUGGUCAGUUUGGAAUACAACGGUUUCUCUUGAUUGUGGCCCUGAUUUGUGUGCCCUGGAUGCUGUGUGCUAAGCCAUUCAUCCUGUAUCGUGCAAACAAACAAAAGCAGCUGGUUAUGCAAGCCAAUGGAGGAGAGGGAGUAGUGGAGGAGGGUAAUGCUGGUGCUAGUGGGGCCAGUGGAGAGGUGGUGGAGGAGCACACAGAUAUGGGAGAAGUGAUGAUACAUCAAGGAAUACACACCAUCGAGUAUGUUUUGGGUAGUGUUUCCCACACAGCCUCCUACCUUCGGCUGUGGGCACUGUCCCUUGCCCAUGCCCAGCUCAGUGAGGUCCUUUGGGGAAUGGUGCUUCGGAUUGGCCUCACAUUUGGAGAAGGUGGUGCUGGAGGCAUCUGCAUGUAUGUUAUGUUCGCCUUCUGGGCAACACUGACUGUUGCUAUCUUGGUGUUGAUGGAAGGCCUUUCUGCCUUCCUCCAUACUCUUAGGCUUGCAUUGGUAAGUUCAUAAGUCAUAAUGUUUAUA